UGUGCACGUUGUGCUCCCUGACAGGCGCCAUUGGGGUAGGGGAAGAUGGCUGUCGGUCAUGUUCGUAUGGCAGUCCGUCCCCCGCCGCUUAGGCUUCUGUUCCACAGGUACAAGCACACUGAGGCAGCACGAUCUGCGCCGGCACAAGUCAAGAAUGUGAAUUUUUGUCCCCCUGCUGAUUCACAGUAUGACUGGAUUGGGCCUCCUGACAGAAAUUCCAACCUGAGACCCAUAUGUUAUUUUAUUCCAAAGCAUGAAACUGUGCUUGAGAGAAAACUUAGGAAACUGAGGCAUGAAACACAGGAAUGGAACCAAAGGUUUUGGGCAAAUCAGAACCUAAGCUUUAUAAAGGAAAAAGAAGAAUAUAUUAAGGUGAAACUAAAAGCUUUGGGAUUGAGUGAAAGAGAUGAAGAGGGAAGGAAAAGAACAUUGAAUGCAGAGGAAAUGGCUGAAUUCUAUAGGGCGUUUCUUAGUGAAAAUCUUGAAAAGCAUGCAUGCUACAACAGAGAAUGGUAUGGGAGGAACUUUAGAAUAACCUUUCUGAUGGGCCAGGUUGCACUUCAGAGAUUUUGGAAGAAACUGUCGAAAAAAGAGAGAGGGACUGAAACGUGAAACCAAUUAUUUUAACCAGGAUAAAUAAAAACAAUAUGAACUGUUUAUCUUAGGCAUCCCAUGUUGUAUGUCUUUGGAGCUGCUGCUGUUUCUGCAAACUGAUCAGAUUCUGAGACAUUUGUCGGUAAAUUAUAUUAAAUUGAGUAAUAAUGUUAAGAGUGUAAAGGCCUGUUUGAUUAAAGGUAUAAUAAUGUGUCACUGCAUUAUAUUUUCUUAAAAUAAGGUUAAGAUUUUGGCCUGUUGAUGCUUUAUCUUGAGUUUGUAAAAGAAAGCAGCACCUUUAUGUCCUACAGCAGUGAUCCCCAACAUGUUGCUCCCCAACCCCUUGGAUGUUGCUCUCACUGCCCCCUAACCAGGUAGUUAUUUUUGAAUUCCUGACUUGGGGGCAAGGUUUGGUUGAAUAAAAACAAGAUUUACUGCCAAAUAAAGCCCCCUGUAAGCUGAUAGUAUGCAUAGAGGCUACCUAAUAGGCAAUCUUAGCCCUUAUUUGGCACCUCCAUGAACUUUUAUGAUGCUUGUGUUGCUCCCCAAGUCUUUUUACUUUUAACUGUGGCUCACGAGUAAGAAAGGUUGGGGAGCCCUGUCCUAAAGAAUAGUAAACCAAAUAACUACCACUCUGAGUAGCUCUGAAGCCACUCUGAACUUAGCCAGAAUGGCAUGGAAUGUUAUACAUAGUUUUGUAAACACAGAUGCGUUUUUUUCAAUUCUCUUUUCCAAAUCAUUAAUAAAGAGGGAAAUUACA